AUGGUACCUCCCCUGAACAUCAGUAAAUGCAAGUCAAUCGAUGUUCUGGCUGAUAGGGAGAGAAGAGGCAGGAGACCAAAGUUCUGGGGAUGUCGCCUUCUUCACUUUUUCCGCCGAAAAGCUGGGAAAUACAACCUGGCCAAGGCUGAGGAAGUCUGCCAGAAGGAGGCGGCAUUGUAUCGGAGACUUAAUGAUGGUCAGACUUCUCUACAACAGGGAUGUGUUGUUGUCGAGAUCCAUGAUCAUCAAGACCCUCCAGUCUCUGAAGUCCUCCCUGCUAUAGAGAAACUGCUGGAGCCGGACGUCCCCCAACAACUGGAUGUCAACAUUCCAGCUAGUUUGAAUAAAGAGGACAAAGUGGAAGAGCUGGCCAAGGAUCAGAUUUGUCUGCAGGAUAAUUGCACUGAAGACAAUGAAGUGGAGGAGCAAGACGACAAUCACGUAUUCUGGCAAUACGAAUUUGGGCCCCAGCUGGGUAAAGGAGGCGGUGGCUGUGUGUAUGCAGCGACUCGCUGCACGGAUGGCCUUAAGCCUGGCCAUCCCAGUCGCCUCCCCUUGGAGAUUGGCCUUACACUCUUGGCCAAUGAGGACCCCAGCGUUCCAUACAUAAUCAAACUCCUGGAUUGGCAGGACAACCCGGACUACUAUGUCAUGGUCUUGGAGCGACCCAUGCCUAGCAUGAGCCUGUUUAGUUUCGUGAAGGUCCGUCAAAGGCUCAGAGAGGGGCAAGCACAACAUUUUAUGUGGCAGGUCCUUCAGGCCGCUAACAUUUGCUGCGAGCGCGGGGUCUUCCAUAGAGACAUAAAACUGGAAAACCUCCUGGUGAACCCAGACACAUUGGAGGUUAAGUUGAUCGACUUUGGAUGCGGCGAGCUCAUGAAGGACACUGACUAUGUGACCUUCAGUGGUACAGAAAUAUUCUGUCCACCGGAGUUCAGUAUCAACGGCAGCUACCAUGCAAAGCCGGCGACGGUUUGGUCUUUAGGGAUCCUGCUGUUCGUCAUGGUGUGUGGUUAUUAUCCAGACGACGAAGACCUGCAAGAGAUCAGCAAGAAUACGUGGUCCGAAACUGAUCUGUCAAAAGAAUGCUGCCAGAUGAUUUGUGAUUGUCUGCAGCCGGAUCCCCAGCAGAGACUUCUUCUGGAGGAUAUGCAGCUCCAUGACUGGUUUAUGGUCGUGGAGUAAGAAAACUCCCUGCCCGUCUAGAAGUGCCUGGCACCUUGAAGUGGCAUCAUUUAUAUUUAGAAUUUGUGUUAGAUAAAUAUGUGUUAAGACAAUUGUUUUAAAAUAUUAUCCGAGAUAAAGUAUGAUA